UGAACCCUGGCGUCCCGUCGUCACUACGGGCAGCCCGUUGUUGGGGGGUUGACAAAGCUAGGGACCUACGGGACGGUUGCCGGUAGCUGAGCGUUUGGAUAUUUCUAUCUCCGGCGCCUGCUUGUUUGCUGUCCCGCUUCGCUCGAGAGAUUGGAUUCCUCUACCUUGCGUUCUCUCUCUCUCUCUCUCUCUUCCAUUGCAAUCGCGUCACUGCUUCUGCCAUAACCCCGCACACGUUAUCUGUCAACACAGCAACCAUGGCCGCCGCCGCCAGGACCGUCUUCGCCCGCAGCGCCGCCCUGCGCACCACUGCCUCUCCUCUCACCACCGCCACCACCACUGCAGCCCGCGCUCCUCGCCUCAGCAGCAACCUCACCCGCCGCGCCAUCCGGUACCAGCACCAAUCGCGGCGGGGCUACGCCUCAGAGGGCGGGAGCAACCCCAACCCCAGCAGCAGCAGUGGCAGCAACCCCGCCAUAUGGCUCGGCGCGCUGGCCGUGCUGGGCGGCGCCGGCUACUGGGGCUACAGCUCGGGCAUGCUGCGGGGGACGUCGAGCUCGGAGCAGGGCGUCGGCGCCGCAGUGAAAGGCGCCGCCUUCACGCCCAAGACGGAGGACUUCCAGGCCGUGUAUGACGCCGUGGCGAAGGCUUUGGAGGAGCACGACGACUAUGACGAUGGCAGCUAUGGGCCUGUGUUGUUGAGGCUGGGCUGGCAUGCUAGUGGCACCUUCGACAAGGAAACCGGCACCGGCGGCUCCAACGGCGCAACCAUGCGCUUCCCACCGGAAGGCGACCACGGGGCGAACGCCGGACUGCGCGCGGCGCGCGACUUCCUCGAGCCCAUCCGGGCGCGCUUCCCGUGGAUCACGUUCUCCGACCUGUGGACGCUAGCGGCAGUGUGCGCGAUCCAAGAAAUGCAAGGGCCGAAGAUCCCCUGGCGGCCCGGCCGGCAAGACCGGGACGUGUCGUUCUGCACGCCGGACGGGCGGCUCCCCGACGCGUCGCAGGGCCACGACCACCUGCGCGCCAUCUUCGGCCGCAUGGGCUUCAACGACCAAGAGAUUGUGGCGCUGAGCGGCGCGCACGCGCUCGGCCGCUGCCACACCGACCGCUCCGGCUUCGAGGGCCCCUGGACCUUCUCCCCGACGACCCUCACCAACGACUACUUCAGGUUGCUGCUCGAUGAGCGCUGGUCUUACCGCAAGUGGGACGGCCCCCGCCAGUUCCAGGAUAGUAAGACCAAGAGCCUUAUGAUGCUGCCCACGGAUAUGGCGCUCGUCAAGGAUAAGAAGUUCCGUCCGGUCGUCGAGCGCUAUGCCAAGGAUAACGAGGCCUUCUUCAAGGACUUUGCCGAUGUCGUGAUGCGCCUGUUUGAGCUGGGCGUGCCGUUUGCGACGGGCGAGGACGCGCGCAUCGUGUUCAAGAGCAGCUUUGACUAGGCCGUGGUGUGUCUGUUUGAGGGGUAGAGGGGGGGUUGGAUGGGUAGGGUUAACGGUGGUAGUGGCUUGCCAGCUCUUUUCCUUAUU